GUGGAGGGCGGGCCUUUCGUCCGCUGCUGCUACAGGGAUACCAAGAUGGAAAUUCAGGGGCUUACUAUUGCCCAAAACACACACCAUAAACAUGGCGUCUCACGUCGGACAGGGUUGUCUCCACCGGGAACAGCGACAGGCGCUCGCUGUCUCACCUUGUCAAAUAAAAUCGGAGUCAAAAACGAGCCAGAAUCACGAGAACGGGAAAGUGACAAGAACAACAACUGGCCUAAGACAUCUCCAUUUCGCCUGCUGGCAGAAAAUGGCAGCGGCGGUUGUCAGUCUCUUCUUAGGCAGAAUAGUAAAGGUAACGCACAGCAAAUACAAAGACGCACUGAACAAAGUGGACUCCGUAACGUGAUCGGUUCGCAAGGGAAAGACGUCAAGGGACAGCAAUUGCAACAAGACUGUUUGGAAACUGGGUCGAAAUCCGAGUUUGUGAGUACGGAGACCGGAAUGCAAAUGGCGCUUCCUGUCUGUGUGGUUGAAGAGAGUCACACACAACAACGGCAGCCUCAGCUUUUACGGCAACAGCACCAAGGCGGCGCUACCCUGCACAAUUCACUGCCGUGUGAGAGCGUCGCAGCUGGGAAGGCUAACAUUUACUCCGCUGCCAACAUCAACCGAAAGGACAACGAGGAAUUUUAUGUGGUUUUCAACAUCGUUCAGGAGGCUGACAGCAACGGCUCUAACAAAGAAAUGGGCCGAUCAGUCUUGCUCUCUAAAGACGGGAGGAGGCUGAUUGGUAAGGAUGCAGAUUCUACUUCCAAGACGAAGCCCGAUAUUUCAAUGGAGGUGCAAACCACUUCGGUUCUUAUACACCCAGAUGAGAAGUUGUUGGCUUUAACAUCCAGGAACUCCAGCGUUAGAAAACAUGUCGGCGCGCGGAACCACGGUUCUAUUGCACAGGAAAGGUGUGAGGCAACAGUGACGAACUCCAGUCAGCGGUUCGGUAUGAGUUUUGAAUCGGAUAGCAAUGUUGUUAUGGCCAACGAACGGUGCGACAAUCAGCCAUUAGAUGAAAGCUUUUCGGCUAACGAUGGCGGCACCUCGGAUCAGACGUCCGUAGAACUGCAUCAGCAGGCUGCACAAAAGUUUACAGGUGCUUUGAUUUCUGAAAACACCACUUUCACUGAAACUACACACAUGAGCGACGUCAACUCUGAUUACCUUUCUGACUACUCGGGAACCACCGUUGCCGGAGGCUCCAAUGCUACCCCUUCAGAAGAAACGUUUUCUGGGACCAUUAUGAUAAACAACCAAAGCAUUAUCGUGACCAUUGAAAACGGAGUAUUGACGUUAGCAGCGCCCCCUGACGGCCAUGCCCCCAAGGAAGAUGUGGUUAACCUGAAACAUCACCUUGGUGUGAAAGACCACCAAGACAUAGUCUUGAUUAAUUAUGAUGGCGCGACCAAAACUGCAGGGAAGAACAGUAACGUGGCCGUGGGUUCCAUCCAGUACGAAGAAUCGAGAAUGGGGGUGAGCGACUCGGGUUUGAGUCUGGAGGAGAACUGCGCCUUUCCGGACGCUGGUUCCGCCUUGGACUCCUGCACCUCCACCAAAGAGCAAGAGGACGGGACGCUAUGUCCCUUAGGCGACGGGGGCGUGAUGCAAACGGGGUUCAUCGUGUGCGACAGCGACCUGGCUCCCCUAAAGCUGGGGGGAACGAUGGCGUCGAAGAAGGGUUCCCGGACCAAGUACAGGUGCCCGCAGCCGGAGUGCGUGGAGAUCUUCGACGCCAAGCACAAGCUGAAGAUACACCUGAUCUCCCACACCGACGACCAGAGGCCCUUCAAGUGCACCAUGGAGGACUGCGGCUGGUCCUUCACCACCUCCUACAAGCUCAAGCGCCACCUGCAGUCCCACGACAAGGUGCGCCCCUUCACCUGCGAGUGGGAGAACUGCGGGCGCAAGUUCACCACGGUGUACAACCUGAAGGCGCACGUCAAGGUGCACGACCAGGAGAACGCGUUCGCCUGCGACAUCUGCAGCGAGCGCUUCCGGAGCGCCACCAAGCUGACCAAUCACCAGCGGGCCCACUUCGAACCGGAGAGGCCUCAUAAAUGCGAGUUUCCAGGCUGUGAGAAGACCUUCAUCACCUUUAGUGCCCUGUUCUCCCACAACCGCACGCACUUCCGGGAGAUAGGCCAGUUCACCUGCACCUUCCCUGGCUGCGACAAGCGCUACGACAAGGCCUGCCGCCUCAAGAUCCACCUGCGCAGCCACACAGGAGAGAGGCCCUUCAUGUGUGACUCUGAGGGGUGUGGCUGGUCCUUCACCAGCAUGUCCAAACUGCUCCGGCACAAGAGGAAGCACGACGACGACCGGCGUUUCACCUGUCCGGAGGAGGGGUGCGGCAAGUCGUUCACGAGGGCGGAGCACCUGAAGGGCCACAGCAUCACCCACCUGGGCACCAAGCCCUUCGAGUGCCACGUGGAAGGCUGCAGUGCUAAGUUCUCGGCGCGCAGCAGCCUGUACAUCCACUCUAAGAAGCACCUGCAGGACUCGAGCGGGCUGCGGACGCGCUGCCCCGUGGCCUCCUGCAGCAAGCACUUCUCCUCCCGCAGCAGCCUGAAGAGCCACAUGCUCAAACACCACAACCUGAGCGCCGCUGAAAAGCUGUGUUUUGUCUCAGAUGUCCUCAGCCAGCUGGAGAUGUCCACGUCCCUGACCCCCAGCAGUGAGCUGACGAGCGCCGGACAGGCGGGCGGUGCGGCGGGCGGGGCCGCGGUCGAGCUGGGCAACAUCGACCUCACCUCGCUGUUCUCCAACGUGCCUGGAGGGGGCGCCGGAGUGACCGGGCCGGCGGCGGGCCCUGGGGCCGCGGGCCUCACCAUGGACCUGUCCCUGGUCAACUCCGGCAUCCUGACCAUUGACGCGGCCUCGGUGGGGGCCACGCUGGGCGGGGCCGGGGGCGCCCUGGCGCAGGCCGUGGACCCCCUCAUCCUGGCGGCGGGGGCCGACAUUGGCCCCCACGGGCUGGACGGGGCCCUGGGGACGGGCGGGGCCGGCGGGGUGCUCCCCCAGGGGACCCUGAACCUGGACGACGUGCAGACGGUGAACCCGGAGGCCCUGGGGUCCCUGGCGGCCCUGAGCAUGCGGGGCCCCGCGGCCCCGGAGCAGCUCCACCCCCUCAGCUCCUCCAGCGCCCUGGUGGCCGACGCCCCCGCCUCCCUCACCCCCUCCAGCAGCCUGGCGGGGGCCCCCGGGCCCGAGCUCCUGUCCGCCCCGCCCAAGCCGGAGCGGGCGGGCGGGGCCCUGCUGGGGCCCGCGGACGUGCUGGGGCAGCAGGAGGGCAGUAAGGUGGUGACGCAGUUCGUCUUCUCCGGGCACGCCGGCGGCUUCAGCGCGCAGAAGGACCCCGAGCUCAGCGCAGUCUCCGCCUGCUCCUUCUUGGAGAGUGGAGGGUCUGCGAGGACUGACUACAGGGCAAUCCAGUUGGCCAAGAGGAAGAAGCAGAAAGGCCCAGCAUGUAGUCCAGGCGGUACCGGUCUCGGCCCGAGGAAGAGCAAGGGCGCGAAGAGCAGCAGCGCCACGGCGACGGCCGGCCCUGCGAGCGGCCGGUUCGGCGAGGGCGUGGCCUCGGCCAACGCCGGGCUGACCAUCCGAGACCCCGUCACCGGGGCGCAGUACGUGCAGAUCCAGCUGCUGCAGGACGACCCGGCGGGGGACGGGGACCUGGCCUUCCAGCUGAGCUCGCAGACCUCCAGCUCUCACUCACAGCUCACUGUCGACCUGCCCGUCAACAUCCUGCAGGAACCUGCUCCUACAACGGAGGACGAUGCAGGGUCAGACAACUCGCAGUUCACAGGAAGCACCAUCAACCUGCAAGACCUGGAGUGAGCCUAGACGCCUCGGUACAGGAAACAGGAAACUGAGAACAGGAAGUUGCGGCCUGAACGCAGCAAGGCGUGCACCGGACUUUGCGGCGCAGGGUUGCCGACGUUUUCUGAAUCCGGACUUGUUUGAUCGAAUCGCUUUUUUAUUUUUAAGAAAAGUAUAUUCCAAUGGAAGAUCUUUCUAAAGCAUGCCCUUUUGAUAAGGCAUGCAUUUCUAACCAUUUGUACUAUGCGAGUGUGACUUAAUUGAAUGUCAGCGCUCAUACCAUGGGACGGGAUGUUAAAAACUGUUAAAGUUUUUAGGUUUUUACUAAGAUUCUUACCUCCGCUGUGAGAAUCUGUCAUGUCAUUUCUCUUGGUUUGUUUUCAUUUUUUACACUCGGAAGCUUAUUUGGUGUUCAGAAAUCACGUUUCCUGAAAGGAAGCACUUUAAGACGUGAACAGGAGUCCGUUCGGUGCACAGAGGCCGAUGGAUGUCCUUUGCUUUUAAAUCAGCGGUCACACUCGUAUAAAUGCAUACACGGUAUCUGUUGUCUUUGCCUUACGGACAUGACAUUUAUAUUGCAAUUAACUAGAGAAAAAAAUAUAUGGUUUAUGUUGAUUAUGGUGUUUUUUAAUUUAUUUUUCUAUUGUUGCGUAUCUUACAAAAAGCUUUUUUUUUUGUUGAGAGAAUAAGGUGUGCUCCAUGUUAAUGUCAUCCAGAUAGGAAGACAAAAAUCCAGUUUGUUUUCUAUCUAUAGAGUAUCCAUAUGUAUAACUUCAUGUACUUAUUUAUUAGGUUUGGUUUACCAAAUGGAAAGUCAAAUAAAGUCCCGUUAAUGAAGCACAAGA